UUUGUGCAUAGUUUUGACCUACUAAAAUAAGGUUGAUCAAGCUUAUUUAACGACAAUGUUUUGUGUGAUGGUUGUGGGAUAGCUAUUAAACCUGGGUUUAAUUGCUAUUAAAGGUGAUUUACUACUGAUACACUGCUUUUUCAUUCAUAUAAUUAUGUUUAGGUACCAUAUUUGAGUGUUAAAUUAUACUUUUCAGAUGUCGAGACAAGGACUAAAUGGAAAUAAACGAAAAAAUGACCCAUGCGAAAAAGAAAAUGAACGAAUUAUGAAAUUAUUCAAUGAUGUGGACACAGAUGAGUUGUCUGCUGAUUCAGAAAAACCCGAAACUUCAAGCGAUAGCGAAUCAUUGUCAAGUGAGUCGGAACAGGAUCCCUAUAAGGAUUGUGAUGGUUCAGACACGACUUACAUACCCAAUGAAGACAGCUUAUCGUCCACAACUCACAUAUCUGACUCGGAAGAGGAUAAUGGUAAGCUAAAUUUAAUACCUAAGUCGAAACACAAUAAGGUGUUUUCUAUAGAUACUCCACAUACCUUAGAAGGUGAGAGCGUCCAUGUUCAACAACAACAAGUGCCUUUAGUCGAUUCCCCAAUAACGUUAAAAGAACUGGGAAUUCAUGUUCGUGUUCCUGCUUCAGUUGAGUCAGCAGAUUCAAUGGCUGUAUCGCCCCCAGUCAAUAUGGAAAAUGUAGAUAAGGCAAUCCAGUCACUAGACAUUAUUAACAUGUGUUCGUUUAAUUCCGAUACCACACCACCCAGAUCAAUGGAAUCACAAACGCUCAUACAAGAGAUUGACUGGCUGGACAGUGAAGGUUCAGUAUCUUAUCCAAAUACCGAUGCUACAGAACAAGUUCCAAGAUCGCAAGUGGUUGACAAUCAGCAGCAACCUAUGACACCUCUAGAUUAUCAGCAGCCUAGUACAUCUUCUUUUUUAAACGUACCUAGUGUAUCUCAUCAUCGUCCUAGGUCACCACGUAUCACAGACGAAGAAUGGCAAACAUCCACUGCUCCUAUACCAGAGUUUGAAUUUAACGACGGCUCUGUUGGACCUCAGUUCUAUGUUGAUGCGAAUACGUCGCCAAUUGAAAUAUUUAAUCGUUUUUUCCCUCUGUCUACAAUAGAGCAACUUGUUGAACGCACUAACAAGUACGGGGCUGCAUUAUGCAAUAUGAAUAGACCACACACAAGACACAGCCGAAAAAGAACUUUUAAUCCUACUUCCAUUGGAGAAAUGAAGCGAUUUCUGGGCUUAUGUAUUUUACAGUCUCAUGUCGAAACACCAAAUAUUCGAAAACUAUUCACAUUCAGUGAUCCAUUAUAUUACCAUCCCAUAUUCAAUCACUGUAUGUCAGGAAGACGAUUUGAACAGUUGUUGAGAUGCUUGUGUGUUUACGAAGGGAAUGCUAAAGGCAUAAACAAGGUCUUAGACUUCGCUAAUCACAUGAUUACUAUUUUUCAGAGUUUAUACAAGCCACAUAAACAGCUUUCUCUAGAUGAAUCUAUGUUAUUAUUUCGCGGUCGAUUGUCUUUCAGACAGUAUAUUAAAUCAAAGAAAGCAAAAUAUGGAGUAAAAUUUUACAUACUAACAUCUAGUGAUGGCUACAUUUUAAAUUUUAAAAUUUACCAGGGUAAAACUGAAACUAGUAUUGACAUAGACACUGAAACUAGUUCAAAAUCAAAGACU